AUGAAAGUCACAGCCCUCCUUGUCGCUGUCGCCAUUUGCACCGUGGACGCAGGCUCGUCCACCCAGCACCCCCCACGUCAACCAUACGACAUCAACGGCACGCACAGCCCAGUUAGCCGCCCUCGCCACACCUACCCUCGCAACGGUACGCUCCACAAUGGUCACCGUACGAAAUUUCCGGCCAUUUCCGCGUCUGAGCACCACCGCAACCACUCGAAGCCCCCUUCUGGCAACGCCGUGGUUGAUCACCCCGUCGAUCUCCCCCGCCGCAAUGGCAGUCACCGCCACUACUCUGGUAAUCGCUUCGAUGCCAACGCAGGCAAGCCUCAUCACGCCAAACAUCCAAGCACCACCAGCCCAUAA